CCUCUCUACAGGUUCUCUGGCUGAGCCCCAACUCCAGCCUGGUAGGAGCAGAUCAAAACCCACAAAACCAGGCAUGUUUUCAGUAAAAUCCUUGGGUCAUUUCAGCAGAAGAGGAGUUACUUCAGUGUGGAGAGGUUUUAGAGAGUAUUCCAAUAAGAGGCUUGACAUCGCGGGCAUUUAUCCUCCAAUUGCAACUCCAUUUACUCAGGACGGAGGUGUAGAUUACCGAAGCCUGGAUGAGAAUCUACAGAAAUAUAGCACUAUACCUUUUAGAGGUUUUGUGGUACAAGGAUCUAAUGGAGAGUACCCCUACCUGACGACAGAGGAGCGGAUACAAGUUGUGAAGAGAGUUAGACAGACUCUGCCUCAAGCUAAGAUGAUUAUGGCAGGAUCUGGCUGCGAGUCCACUCUAGCCACAAUCCAAAUGAGUGAGAGCAUGGCCAGUGCAGGCGCUGACUGUGUUUUAGUAGUGACACCAUGUUUUUACCGUGGCAGGAUGAAUAGCAGUGCCCUCAUUCACCACUAUACACAGGUUGCAGAUUCUUGUCCUGUACCGGUCGUGCUUUAUAAUGUACCAGCCAACACCUCUCUCGACCUGCCUGUGGAUGCGGUGGUCCGGUUAUCCCAACAUCCAAAUAUAGUCGGCCUUAAAGACAGUGGUGGAGAUAUCACCAGAAUAAGUCUGAUUGUGCACAAAACCAGAACACAGGAUUUCCAGGUGUUGGCAGGAUCAGCUGGGUUCCUCAUGGCUGCGUACUCAGUAGGUGCUGUCGGUGGUGUGUGUGCCUUAGCUAAUGUCUUGGGUCAGCAGGUGUGUGAGUUAGCAGACCUGUGUACAUCAGGGCAGUGGGACAAGGCGAAAGAGCUCCAAUACCGUCUCAUUGAGCCAAACACAGCGGUGACACGGAAGUUUGGUGUUCCAGCUCUGAAACAAGCAAUGGAGUGGUUUGGGUACCAUGGUGGAGUAUGUCGCUCUCCUCUGCAGCCUUUGUCAGAGGUGGAAAUAAAGGAACUACGUACAGACUUCUCCUCAAACGGCUGGCUGUAAAACACACACACACACACGCAUAUUAUCUGAUGAGUUCCAUAAUGCAUAUUUUUAAUACCAUAACACAUUUUCUAAUAAUAUAUUUAUGGGAAGUAAGACAGUAAUCAGACUUGAAUACAAUGAUGUCACCUAAAUAACAGCUUUCAGUCAUAGUAAUUAUAGUUAAAAAUAAAUACAAAUUAUUUUCUUGUUGAUACCAUAGUUAAUAGCAAUUAAAUAGUUUUACAAAUGAACGACAUCUGUUGUGAUAAAGAGCGCUAAUAGUUAAGAGCUAAUCUAGAAGAUGCAAGGUGCAUUGCCCUAUAGAAUCUGUAAUAAAGAAUAAAUAAAGAAUAUUUUUUCACAUCCCAUAACCCCCCUCAUAUUUUUUCAUUUUAUAUGUUUUAUUUUAUUAUUAGUUGUUUUUUCCCUUUUUAAUCACUAGAUCUUUACAACUUGAAUACAAUAAAAAGAGAGUUUUCCAUU